GAGAGCCGGGAGGAAGGAGGCAGCAGCUCUGAGUGUGUGUGUGUGUGAGAGAGAGAGAGGGCCGGGGCGGUGUGUCUGAUGGGCCGGAGAUGUUGGCCAGGAAAGGCCUGGUGCCCGAGGAGUAUGUGCUGCGGCUGGUGGAGGACGUGUCGAGGCCCCGGUACCGGGCCCGGGAGCGCAAGGUGCGCUUCGUGGCCAAGAACGGCGCGUGCAAUGUGGCGCACACCAACAUCCGAGAGCAGGGCCGCUUCCUGCAGGACGUCUUCACCACCCUGGUGGACCUCAAGUGGAGGCACACGCUGCUCAUCUUCACCAUGUCGUUCCUGUGCAGCUGGCUGCUCUUCGCCAUGAUCUGGUGGCUGAUCGCCUUCGCGCACGGUGACCUGCACCGGCCCCGGGACGGCGGCCCGGUGCCGUGCGUGACCAGCCUGCACUCGUUCACCUCGGCGUUCCUGUUCUCCAUCGAGGUGCAGGUCACCAUCGGCUUCGGGGGCCGCAUGAUCACCGAGGAGUGCCCGGCCGCCAUCACCGUGCUGCUGGCGCAGAACAUCGUCGGCCUGGUCAUCAACGCCAUCAUGCUGGGCUGCAUCUUCAUGAAGACCUCGCAGGCGCACCGCCGCGCCGAGACGCUCAUCUUCAGCCGCCACGCGGUCGUGUCGCCGCGCAACGGCCGCCUGUGCUUCAUGUGCCGCGUGGGCGACCUCCGCAAGAGCAUGAUCAUCGGCGCGACGGUGCGCCUGCAGCUGGUCCGCCAGACCGCCACCGCCGAGGGCGAGGUGCUGCCGCUCGACCAGGUCGACGUCGCGGUGGACAACCCGGUGGGCGGCGGCGGCAUCUUCCUGGUGGCGCCGCUCAUCAUCGCGCACGUGAUCGCGCCCGGCAGCCCGCUGUACCCGCUGCGCGCCGCCGACCUGCAGCGCCGCCAUUUCGAGGUCGUCGUCAUCCUCGAGGGGGUGGUGGAGACCACCGGCAUCACCACGCAGGCGCGGACCUCCUACCUCUCCGACGAGAUCCUGUGGGGCCGCCGCUUCGUCGCCGUCGUCGGCCACGAGGACGGCCGCUACUCGGUCGACUACUCCAAGUUCGGCAACACCGUGCCGGUGCCCAUGCCCGAAGACGACGCCCAGGCCGCGCCGCACGCCGCCACCUUCGACAUCUUCCCGCCGGCCCGCAGGAGGAAGCUCACGGGGCCGCACCGCCACCACUCCGACACCGGGGAUGAGGAGGAGCAGGGAAGCAGCGACAGGCCAUGAAGCACACAGGCAGGCAGAGACAGCUCCCCAACCCCAAGGGAACCUGACACCAGGCCUCAAACCUAACUCAUACACAAAGAUGCAUUUUUUCAAUGAUUUAUUUAUUUGUAAGUUUUGAAUCAGGACUAUUUGCCAAGAGUAAAGUGAUUAAAGACAAUUAUAGAUUAUUAUAAAGAGAUCAUAUCACCUAACUAUACAUAUCAUAAUAUCUCAGCACUAGUUCUGUGUGGAAAAAUAGAUUACCGACUUUGUUAAUUUUUAAAGCUUAAUAUUUUGUAAUGCUCAAAAAAUGUAAGAAGUUAACCCCUAAGAUUACAUAAAUGUUUUCUUGUAAAGAAUAUUACUGUUGAAUUUCCAAGUGAGCUGACUGUAGAGGUCUACUCAGGGCAAUUAUAUAUUCAAAUGUCAAUUGGAUGGAGCUUUCAUAUUAUCAGAAAUUGAUGUCAUUUAAUUUGAAUAAAUAUUAUAUGUUCUAAUAAAAUUA